AUGGAAGCCGGCGUCCCUGCUGAUGGCUGGCGCGUGACUCGGCAGCUGGAUCCAGCAGGACAAGGGCAACUGCCACUGUUCCAGCGGGGACCUUCACCUCGGCUGGCCCCGCGUGGGGAGCAGCAGGAGGAGGACAACGACGACAGCGACAACGACCACAGGGGUGAUGCACACCAGGGGCACCCCGAGAAGGUCUGCAGCGCCCGGGCGGCUUCGCGGCCGCGGCGGAGCCCCGCGGCUCGGUCCGGGAUGGCGGCGCGCCCGGUGCUGCCGGUCCUGGCGGCGCUGCUGCUCUCGGCGGCUCCGGAGCCUGUCCCGCGGGUCAGCCUGCCCUACGGUGCUGGGCAGAGGGACCAGGAGCAGCAGUGGUGCAGGGUCCUGGGGCUCAGGUGCCAGCACGAGGUUGAUGCCUGCCACUCUUGCCCCACAGACUCGGCCGAGAGAGUAGUGCAGCGCUUUGAGGCACCUGGUGUGUCCAACUACACGGCCCUCCUGCUGAGCCCCGACGGUGGGACCCUCUACCUGGGGGCACGAGAGAUGCUCCUCACCCUCAACACCAGCAACUUCCAGCCCAGCUCCCCAGUUCGUAGGCUGCUGUGGAGAGCGGAUGAGGAGAAGAAGAGGCAGUGUGUGUUCAAGGGCAAGGACCCCCAGAGGGACUGUCACAACUACAUCAAGCUGCUGCUGCAGCUGAACAGCACCCACCUGUACACCUGUGGGACCUGCGCCUUCAGCCCAGCCUGCGCCUACAUCAACGUGCAGCACUUCAGCCUGGAGCGGGACGCAUCCGGGAAGGUGGUACUGGAGGACGGGAAGGGACGCUGCCCCUUUGACCCCGAGUACCGCUCCACAGCUGUCAUGGUCGACGGCGAGCUCUACGCCGGGACCGUCAGCAACUUCCAGGGCAACGAGCCGACCAUCUCCCGCAGCCAGGAGAGCCGCAUCGCCCUCAAGACCGAGAACUCCCUCAACUGGCUGCAAGACCCAGCGUUCGUGGGCUCAGCCUACCUGCGAGAGAGCCUCCCUGCCGGCAACCCUGAGGGUGACGACGACAAGGUCUACUUCUUCUUCCGUGAGACCGGGAAGGAGUUUGACUAUUUUGAGAACACCAUCGUCUCCCGCAUCGCACGUGUGUGCAAGGGGGACCAGGGCGGGGAGCGCGUGCUGCAGCGGCGCUGGACGACCUUCCUGAAGGCACAGCUGCUCUGCUCACACCCUGAGGAUGGGUUCCCCUUCAACGUGCUGCAGGACAUCUUCGUGCUCACCCCGGGUGAGCUGCACUGGAAGGAGACGCUCUUCUACGGCGUCUUCACCUCGCAGUGGAACAAGGGUGGACUGGGCAGCUCGGCCGUCUGCGCCUUCCCCAUGGACAGCGUGCAGCGUGCCUUCAGCGGGCUCUACAAGGAGGUGAACCGCGAGACGCAGCAGUGGUACACGGACACCAGCCCCGUGCCAGAGCCCCGGCCAGGCACGUGCAUCACCAGCCACACACGGCACCUGAAGAUCAAUUCGUCGCUGCAGAUGCCAGAUCGGGUGCUGAACUUUAUCAAGGACCACUUCCUGAUGGACAGCCCCGUGCGCAGCCAGCCCCUGCUGCUGCAGAGCCAGCGGCGCUACCAGCAGAUCGGUGUGCACCGCGCCCAGGGCCUGCACAACACCUACGACGUCCUGUUCCUGGGCACGGACGAUGGGCGGCUGCACAAGGCUGUGCCGGUGAAACGCGGUGUGCACAUCAUUGAGGAGAUCCGCCUCUUCCCUGACGGGCAGCCCAUUCUCCACCUGCUGCUGGACCAGGACAAGGGCCUUGUUUACGCAGCCACCUACGCAGCAGUGGCCCAGGUGCCCUUUGCCAACUGCAGCCUGUACCGCAGCUGUGGGGAAUGUGUGCUGGCACGGGAUCCCUUCUGCGCCUGGAGCUUGGAUGCCUGCCACAGGGUCACCCCACAUGUCCUGGCACACUCACAGCGCUGGGCACAGGACAUCGAGGGUGCUGACACGAAGCGGCUGUGCCAGCAGGCCAAUGCCUCCCAGCCCCGUCCCCGCUUCCUCCUGCCCCCAGCCUCGGGCACCCAGUGCCAGCAGAUCCAGCUGCCUCCCAACGCAGUGCAGUCUCUGCCGUGCCAGCUGCUCUCCAACCUGGCCUCACGGCAAUGGCUGCACAACGGGGCACUUGUCAACACCUCCUACCUGAUGCUGCCCGACGGGGCCCUCAUCCUGGUGGGCAGCCCAGAGCGUGCAGGCACCUAUGAGUGCUGGUCGCUGGAGGAGGGAUUCCGCAAGCUGAUGGUCAGCUACUGCGUGGGCGUGCAGGAGCCAGCCCUUGGGCCAGCAAACUCUGGCAGGAAGGUGGCUGCUGGCCAUGAUGCCCUGGAGACGGUCAGCACAUCCCGGAGCACCUCAGCAGUGGGCAGUGCUGCAGCACGGCUGGAAGGCAAGACCUACUGGACCGAGUUCCUGGUGAUGUGUGUGCUCUUUGCUGCUGCCGUCCUCGUUCUGGCCUUCUUUGUCCUGCACCGGCACCGUGACGGCAUGAAGACCCUGCUGGAGCCCGGUGACCCCAGCAGGCACCAGAAGCCGCCCCGCAAGCCGGUGGAGAGCCUGCCCCUGAAUGGCAGCAGCCUGCCCAGCACGGCUCCUGAGCACAAGGGCUACCAGGCCCUGCAGGACAACUACAUUGUCAGUACCCCCGUGCAUGAGCCCCCGGGACCCCCACGCACCUUCUCUGAGUCAGAGAAGAGGCCUCUCCACGUCCGUGACAGCUUCGUGGAGGUGUCUCCCGCCUGCCAAAGACCCCGGGUGCGCCUGGGCUCCGAGAUCCAGGACUCGGUGGUGUGACGGGGAUGAGAGCCAAGCCCUCGCCCACGCCUGCCUCUGCUCUGCUGAGCCUCGCCGGAGGGUGCACGGCUGCCAGGGUCCGUGUUGUCUGUGUGUGCAUGCCCAGAGCCUGGCACCCACACUCUGCGGCAGCACCCACCGGCCAGUGGGGUCUAGACCCUCGCGGGCUCCCUGGGCAUCGCCUUGUGGGUGUGAGGGUGCCACACGCCUUCCAGGGACCUGCAGGAUGGUUCCAGCCCAGUGUCCCUGCUGCAGGGACAGACACGGCUCCUGGCUCGGGCUGCUGGUGCAGCCCCGGC